AUGCAACACAAUGAUACAAGUUCAAAUAAUUUAUUUACAAAUAUUGAACGGUUAGGUACACGUGAUUUAUUAUCCUAUGGACAACUUUCAUAUGAUACCAUAUUAACAUCAAUCCAAAAUGCUUUAAUGAUAUCCUUAAUAAGUGAUAAUUUAUGUAAAUCUAGUAUAUUACUUGAACAAAGAACAAAAGAAUAUAAUGAAUUAUAUCUACGUUUAAUUGAACGUAAUUAUAAAUUAAUAACUAAAACUCAUGCAUAUGCAUCAUGUUUAUUUUUACUUGAAAUUCAUGAAGUUGAUUUAAAUUCAUAUGAUAUUUGA